AUGCACAGCGCGACCAGCCCCGCAGUCCGACUGAACCCGUACGCCCGGGAUUGGGCCCCCGCGGCCGCCGCAGGGCCUCCCGGCAGCGCUGCCGCGGACGCAACCGAGAUCCCCCUGCUCUCUUGGUUCCAGCGGGCCUGGAUGGAGGUGCGACAGAGCUACUACAACUACUGCUACUACUGGUACAUGUACCACUACGGCCGCUGCGAGGCGGAGCGGGAGAGGCACAACGCUUACAUGACCCCCCUGACUAUGGCUGCGUUCUGCGAGGCGCCUUCCCCACGAGAGGUCGCCACGGGCCCCGGUGCACCUGCGGCAGGCACGGAUGCCUCUGUACAGAACCCUCCCUGCAUUGAGCUUGCACCAUUGCACGGAACCAAGGAACAACAUUCCCUUCCUCCGUCCUUUCCUCAUCCCAAUUUGUUUUUGGGGAACAACAUGGCGGAUGGCAAACGCAUUGAAACGUGCCACUGCAGUCCAUCGGCGGUGUCUUCCUGCCUGCUCUGUGGGAAAGACGAUCACCUUUACACGGCCUGUCGACUUUUUGACGGCAAGACCGUGUGCUUCAUAAAUACCUCAGAUUUUACCGUUUAUGCCAUGCGGCACGAUCACUGGAUUGAGCGUGCCACAUUACGUGACAUCGCUGCGUUUGUUCGCCUUGCGAUGGGACUGACCUCGCCCCAGGCUUUCCUGCAGGUGGGUUCCCAGCAACUAACGUUGGAGGAUUAUCCGUCCGGCACACGCUGCUGCGAUUUACAGAUUCUUCCCGGGGUCGUCGUGGGUGUGUCAAGGCGCCAGGCGUCGCCCGGGACAAACACGGCACCGUCGCAGCGGCCUGAUGGGCGGCGCACGGCCAAGCGCGAGCGGGGGUCGCAGGAGGUCGCCUCCGACGAGGACGCAGCCGCGGUGGAGGAGGCGCUGGAUGCCUCCACCAUCGCAUGGGCGUCGGAACUCUCCGUCUCCCUCCCACUGUUGGAGCGCCAUCCGGGCGCCAGAGAUGACGCGGCGACAGAAAGCUUGACCGGGGGCACAGUGUGCGUCGGCGAGCAUGAGAACACUCCCGUGAGCAACGGAGGCGGCACCGCUCUGCCUUCCCCCGCGACGCCACGCGAGGGUGCAAGCGAUUUGGAAACCGCGUCUGUCAACGCGGCGGCGCCGGUGUCCACCGCUCCAGGUCCUGCCGUCGUCAAACCGCCUUCUUUUCACUCCUCCUCGAAAGAUUCCUUUGGGGCCUCAGAGAGGCGUAUCGACUGGGCAGCGGUGGUGCGCAAAGGGGGCCAUUGCAGGGAACCUCCGGUGGCUGACGCCACCGCAGAGUUGCCGGCAACACAGCAGUUUGCCGAGACAGAGCUUGCGCAGGCGACGCUCCCCACCGCGCCAGGCACGCUGGCAGCUGUGGCUGAGGCCCCAGACGCUGAGGCGUUGCGCCUGCGUCGCACGUUACACGUCAGAUUUCUACCCGUGCAGAUGUCUUUUAGGGAAAUACGGAAGCUGCUGUGGUCGUGUGGCGAGGUGUCGAAGGUGCGGCUGGUGAAGCCCCGCGCGACGACAAACCCGGGACGAAUGUUUUACGUGUGCUUUGUCGAGUAUGCCACAGACGAAGGCGCGAGGAAGGUGAAGGAGUUGCACGGUCGUCAUGUGGCGGACUCCUUUCGACUGGCCGUGGAGUGCAGCCGAAACCCGAUUCUCGGGGGCUACGUCACGGACCGCGACGCACACACGGGGAGGCCGUGCACAUUCGGUCUGAGCGAGUCUGAGAGGCUUGCCGUGGAGAGGCGUUACGCGGACGUGAGGGGCGGCGGCAGCGAAGCCGCCCGCCGUGACACCGGCGAAGUGUCGGACGGCGGCGCAAAGAAGUCCUCUCGCCGGCGGGGCGGACAACGACGGCGUGCCAAAGAGUCCCCGAAGGCACCCGUCAGCAUCACCAGUACCCCGAGCAGCGUCGGCGCCGGAGACGAGCGCGACAGCGCGGCUGUGCGUGACAAGGAGGACGGCAUUGGGCCGUACGCUCUUCAAAUUGUCGCUAAGGACGACCAUUCGCGGCGGCUUCGACAGGGCGCGAGUCUGCGUCGGGCGGACGCCGUCACUGGCGGCGGCGGCGGCGACAACGACGAGGCUCCCGCGGCGUUGGCCGCACACACUGCCCUAAGGACACGAGCGGCAGCGGCCGCGCUUCCACCUGUCGUGGGUCGUGACGUUGGUGGGAGCUGUGAACAGGCGCUGCGUGAGCGUUUGUGUGCUGCCACCUCCUGCUACGUGCAGCACACGACACCGCGGAACCUGUUUGAUGUCCUCAGUGUGUUGGAGGAAGCCAAGUGGUGCUCUGUCACCGUCAUGUUCCGCCUCUUCCUCGCGCGCUGCGAGGUGGCCUUGUUCCUUCACUACGUCCUUCCUCGAGCCUUGGAAAACGCCACUGUGGCUGCCACGCAAGCGGUGCAGUUGGGCAACAGCCUCACUCGGCUCUUGACGGAUGUCGGGGCGAAUGGUGAACGCUCUGCCCUCAUGUGGGGCGCUUUAUUUACCUCCGUCCCGCCGUCGCGACAACCGUUUCGAGUGCCGCGCGACGAUGCGGAAAACGGGGACGAGCCGCUGGGAAGCGGCAGGGACAUUGGGUGCUACCCGAGCUUUGAAAAGGUGCUGCACUUUGUGGAGCUGUUGCUGCAUAUCACUCUUUUGUUUGCUGACUUUCAGUGCAAGAACCGUCGGGAACACGCUGGGAGCGGUGUGGAUUGCGCCGCGCCGCCGACCACGACCUCGGCGGGAGUGGGCAGCGGGGGCUACAUUGCUGAGAAGCUCUUGGCAUGCGCUCGUCGUCUGCUGGUGCAGUUGCAGACUGGACUCGUCGGCGAGGAAGUGUUGGAUGCGUCCGCCGAGGUGCACGUGUGGCGCAGCAAAGUGUCCUGCGUCUUGCGCUUGCUGCCGCCGGAGCCUGGCUGGAGUGCCGGCUCUCUGCUGGACGCGCUUCUUCCAGGCAGAACGCAGCUGGCUGCCGCCGUACUGGCAACACAGACGGAGUUAAGUCUUUUCUAA